AUGUUACUCUACGUACUUUUUGCCACUGCACUUCUGUGCUCCUCUGCCCAACUAAGUUUUGCGAAACAGUGUGUGGAUUUGAUACCAAAGUACUGCAAAGAUUUUCUUCCUGAAUAUAAACCGGAGGUAUGGUGUCAACAGAAGGUGAAGGAAGCGAUCACGCCAUAUGGGAAGGAGAAACUGAGAAACUUAAAGAGGCGAUGUUCAAAAACAUGCAAAUUUUGUUGA